AUGUUCGAAAGUCUCGAGCUUUAAGACAAAACAUAACUAGGGUUUGCUGUGUCCAGACCUCAAGCGUAGACGAAACCAUGGGAGGAGACUCUUUCAUCCGUCCUCAUUUGAGGCAACUAGCUGCUUAUCAGCCAAUCUUACCCUUUGAGGUUCUGUCUGCUCAAUUAGGAAGAAAACCUGAGGAUAUUGUCAAGUUAGAUGCUAACGAGAACCCGUAUGGUCCUCCUCCAGAGAUGCUUUCUUUAGGUUUUUGAAGCACUAGGCAACAUGAAGUUCCCUUACGUCUAUCCUGACCCUCAAAGCCGCAGACUUCGCGAUGCACUCGCUCAUGACUCUGGUCUUGACUCUCAAUACAUCCUUGUUGGCUGUGGCGCUGACGAACUUAUCGACCUCAUCAUGAGAUGCGUGUUGGAUCCUGGUGAGAAGAUCAUAGACUGUCCUCCAACUUUCUCAAUGUAUGUCUUUGAUGCUGCUGUGAAUGGAGCUGGUGUCAUCAAAGUUCCAAGGAACAAUGACUUCACCUUGAACGUGGACCGCAUAGCUGAUGUUGUGGAGCUAGAGAAACCCAAAUGCAUAUUCCUAACUUCCCCCAACAAUCCAGACGGGAGUAUCAUCAGCGAGGAGGAUCUGUUAAAGAUUCUAGACAUGCCAAUACUCGUUGUCCUAGAUGAAGCCUACAUUGAGUUCUCUGGAGUUGAAUCAAGAAUGAAAUGGGUGAAGAAGUACGAAAACCUUAUCGUUCUCCGCACUUUCAGCAAGCGAGCUGGUUUGGCUGGGCUCCGAGUUGGAUAUGGAGCGUUUCCUUUGAGCAUAAUAGAGUACAUGUGGAGAGCAAAGCAGCCUUAUAACGUCUCCGUUGCAGGAGAAGUAGCGGCAUUAGCAGCGCUUUCGAACGAGAAGUACUUAGAAGAUGUGAGAGACGCUUUGGUACGCGAAAGAGAGAGACUUUUCAAGCUGUUGAAAGAGGUUCCUUUCUUGAAUCCUUUCCCGAGCCAUUCGAACUUUGUUCUCUGUGAGGUUACUUCUGGGAUGGAUGCUAAGAAGCUGAAGGAAGAUUUGGCUAAAAUGGGUGUGAUGGUUCGUCAUUACAACAGUCAAGAGCUUAAAGGUUUUGUCAGAGUUUCUGCUGGGAAGCCUGAACACACUGAUGCUUUCAUGGAUUGUCUUAAGCAGUUUUAUUGACUUUACUCGUUUGUUUUGAAACUCAUUGAAACCUCUCCUGUGUUUUUUUUGUUUUGUUUUCACGUUGUUGGAUAUUUGCAAUAAGUGAAACAUCUCUGGUAGCACUGUAAUUUAUGAUUUGAUAAUGGGCCUAUGUAAGGCCCAACUAUAAGACAUUGAAAGUGAGACAUUUUUGAUA